UCCCAGGAAUUAGAAAAAUAUUCCCCCGGGAGAGAUAUUUCCAAGACUUUCAUAAUUUUCUUCUCACGACAGGAGGACAAACAAGCCCCAGAUGAGGAGCCUCCUUCAGUUUCUGGCGCUCUGUGCAGUGGCGUCUGUGUGCGUCUGCUAUGAGUCUCAUGAAAGCACAGAAUCCAUCGAAGAUUUGUUUGUGCCUCCGAGCCGAGCCAACUCCUUCAUCUCACCACAGGGGGGCAACGUGUACAACCAGCCCCGAGGGAACGGCCUCAACAAUUACAACCUCGUGAGGAAGUUCAAGUCCCCGGCGGAGCGGCGUGCUGAGACCUGUGAGGACUACUCCCCCUGCCGCUACUACGCCUACCGCCACGGGUCCCAGCAGGCCUACCAGAGGUACUUCGCCUCCAGGGCUCAGCCCCAGAGACCAGCGCCGCCCCCCGUCCGUCGGUACUAAACCCAGAGUAUCCGUCUGACCGAUGCAGCAGCGUCGACACCCAUCAUCCAGAAAUCAAUGUAUAACUACUUUUAUAUACUGUGUGUAGCGUGUGCGGGCCUCGUCUGGAUGUGCAGUAAAAAAACACAUUUUCUAAAGACUGAGGUAUCCGUCUCCUGACAACCCGUCAUUAUACCCGUGUAGAAAUUCAUGGCCCAUCUCUUGUGUAAUCUCAGGAUAACUUUAAUCCCAUAUUAUCACACCUCCCCAGCGUUUAUGUGCUUUGUGUGACGUGUGCUCCGAGUGGUCUGCUCACUCUCCACUAACCUUCUCUUACGUUAUCUGCCUACUUAUCCAGGCCGGCACUGCUGUCAGUGAUUACUCCCACUGCUUUGGAAAUAAAUACAUGAAAUAAAAAUCCCCCCCCUCCUCACUGGGUUUUUGUCUAAA